CAAUAAAUGGCGCGUUCAUUUACAGUUUUAAAGUGCUGGACCUCAGCAAAAUUAGCAAUGUUUAUUUAUAUUAAUAUUUCAACAGCUAUUAAUAAUAACAUUGCAUUUUUUCCGAUUACAAUGGGAAUUGGCUUCUUAAAAUGUGACGAGGCUAAACAGAAAUAGAUGAGUGUAAAAUGCAAUUGUAUACGUCAUUUAAAGGGUCUAAAAGUGCGGCGUAUUCGCCGGUCUCGCAGGUUUAUUUUGCCCGGUGAGUGACUCGGUGGUCACCGCCCCCAGUCUCUCCCUCUCUCUCCCGCUCCUCCCCGUGACGGUCGCGGUCUCUCCACCAUCCUCCCGCUCUCUCUCUCUCUCUCUCUCUCUCUCUCCCAGCAGAGGGGUGGAGGCAGGCGGCCGCUGCCUUUUUUCCGUGGCGAGGAAGGAUGAAGGAAGGAUGAAGGAGCAGCGGAUCUAACGCCUCUUCUCGUCAGUCUGCUGGAAGCGACUUGAUCACCAGACGCAGCGCGCCGCUCAGGUUCGUACCCCCGCCAAGUCCAUGGAGCAGGAUGUGGAGAGCCCAGCCAUCAUCAGAAAGUCCAAGUUGCCUAAACAGGCCCGGGAGGAUCUGCCCAAGCAGCUGGCCGAGGUGGAGCGAGCCAGGAGGAUCCAGCGCUACGUCCAGAAGGACGGCAAGUGCAACGUCCACCACGGCAACGUCCGCGAGACCUACCGCUACCUGACGGACAUCUUCACCACGCUGGUUGACCUGAAGUGGAGGUUCAACCUCUUCAUCUUCGUGCUGGUCUACACGGUGACCUGGCUCUUCUUCGGCUUCAUGUGGUGGCUGAUCGCGUACCAGCGAGGCGACCUGGACCACCUGACAGACAGCCAGUGGAUCCCGUGUGUCAACAACCUCAACGGCUUCGUUUCAGCCUUCCUCUUCUCCAUCGAGACGGAGACCACCAUCGGGUACGGGCACAGGGUCAUUACGGACAAGUGUCCAGAGGGAAUACUGCUGCUUCUGGUCCAGUCGGUGCUGGGAUCCAUCGUCAACGCCUUCAUGGUGGGCUGCAUGUUUGUCAAGAUCUCGCAGCCCAAGAAGAGAGCAGAGACCUUAGUGUUUUCCACCAACGCCGUCAUCUCCAUGAGAGACGGCCGUCUGUGCCUGAUGUUCCGGGUGGGGGACCUGCGGAACUCGCACAUCGUGGAGGCUUCCAUCAGAGCCAAGCUCAUCAAGUCCAAGCAGACGAAAGAAGGCGAGUUCAUCCCUCUCAACCAGACGGACAUCAACGUGGGCUACAACACCGGGGACGACCGCCUCUUCCUGGUGUCGCCGCUCAUCAUCUGCCAUGAGAUCAAUCAGAACAGCCCCUUCUGGGAGAUCUCGCAGGCUCACCUGGCCAAGGAGGAGCUGGAGAUCGUGGUGAUUCUGGAAGGCAUGGUGGAGGCCACAGGGAUGACGUGUCAGGCCAGGAGCUCGUACGUCAGCAGCGAGAUCAAGUGGGGCUACCGCUUCACCCCCGUCCUGACUCUGGAGGACGGCUUCUACGAGGUGGACUACAACAGUUUCCAUGACAUCUACGAGACCAACACGCCCACCUGCAGUGCCAAAGAGCUGGCCGACAUGACCAGCCGCGCCCGCCUGCCCCUCACCUGGUCGCUGGGCAGCAAGCUGAGUCAGCAGGGACUGCCGGAGUCGGAGCAGGAAGGUCAGGAGACCAAGACCAUUUUGGAGGACCAGGAGAAGAGCCAGCAGACGGAGAGGAACGGGGAGGUGGCGAACUUGGAAAGCGAGUCGAAAGUGUAGCGAGGAGAGACCCGGGACCCAAGAGCACACAGCAGAACUGCUUUUUGUUUCUUUUUUAAAGCUCUGGACGUGUGGCCCGAUGCCGAACCGCAUGUUUCAACUCGAACGUGAUGUCCUCCUGAUGAGAUUCCUAUUAUUUUUUCUAUUCAGAUAUUCUUAGGGGCAUUUGCAGAAGUAUUUUUGUAUAUAAUAUCAAAUGUUUUGGAAACACUGGUUUUGUUGAGCUGUGAAUAUUCGACGGAUGUUUGAUACGAACCCAGCUUAGUGGUGUAUAUAAUCUCUGCCUUAUCGUCCGUAGAAAGAUUUUAAUAUUUGUGUUUUUUAAUCGCAGAAAUAUCUACGCAUGUAUAAACAUUAUCCGCCGGCAUUUUUCUCUCGUAUCAAACGGUAACAACACGCCGAUAGUAGAGGCACCAAACACACACGUCUUCAUGGAUGCAAACUCUAGUUGAACCAAUGAGCAGUUCUUCCCCAAACAACACGUUUGUUUUCGACAGCAUUAACCCUUGAGAAGCCAUGACUCGCUGUCGUCGCUUCGACAGCUCAGUGACUUCAACAGCGGCCCUUUAAAAACUGCUUUUUGUCACUUUUGCACAGUGGAGGCCUCUAGUGGAGACAAAUCCUUCUCGUGUCCCCUCAGAGUAUGAAAUAAAUGAGAAUAUACAGUAAA